AGAGCUAAAGUCUGAAAAGGACAAGGUCCCCGUCGUUUGUGUCCUCGACACGACUACCGUCACGAUAACAAAUAUUAAAGUCAACGUAUCUGGAGCAGGCGACAGUCGGGAGCGAGUGCGUCGGUACUAUGCGGACUAUACUUUCGACAGCGCAUGUUCUACCGGACACCCCGCCUUCGCCUCUCAAGAAAAAGUGUUCGAAACCCUGGGUCGGGAGGUGAUGAAGAGCGUGACCUCUGGGUGUUCCGCCUGCGUGCUGGCUUACGGUCAGAGUGCCACUGGCAAGACUCACACCAUGAUGGGCACGGAAGCAGACCCUGGGCUCAUACCUCGGCUGUGUGCCGCCCUGGCUGAAAUACGGCCCUUUGAACUUUCUGUUAGUUUCCUGGAAAUAUACAACGAACGCGUGCACGAUUUACUAGGCGAAGUGGUCCAGACGUGUCAUUCCUUGCCACGCCGCCGGGGCAACGCGAGGAAGGAUCUGCGUGUGCGAGAACAUCCCGAUAGAGGACCAUAUGUGCAGAAUCUUCGAAGGGUGUCGGUUCAAGACGUGACUGCGUUGCUGAGUCUCGUCAACGAAGGCACUCGUCGCCGCCGUACUGCUGCCACAAGACGGAACUCCACCUCGUCCAGAUCUCAUGCGCUACUGGAACUUGCUACUCCUACUGCCACAUUACAUCUUGCUGAUCUUGCUGGCAGCGAGAAAGCGAGCUGGGAGGGCUGCGGAGGAGGCCGCCAAAAGGAAGGAGCUAACAUCAAUAAGUCGCUAGUGGCACUCAGCAAUGUCAUAUCGGCUCUGGUGAACGCGGGUAAUGGGCGCGGAAGGUUCAUUCCAUACCGUGACUCUGCCCUCACCUGGCUUCUGAAAGACUGCUUCACUGGAGGAGGCAACACAUUUAUUAUUGCAACUGUUUCACCAAGUGUUGCCUGCUACGGGGAGUCAGCGUCUACGCUCCGCUGGGCGGCGCGUGCGCGGCAGUUGCCUCCACCGAAACUCGUCAGUCCUAGUUCCACAAUUAUAAGCAAGUCGGUGCUACAAGCUCAGUUCAAUCAGCUGCUCGCUGAACUCUCAAAGAACUUCAUUCGAUAUGUACCUGAGACUGGUAAGCUUUUUUACGAUGAUGAGCAUUGGAAAUUACAUAUAAUACGAGAUAACAAUCUAACAGUUAUAGACAAGGAAACUGCGAAAAUAGGUAAUAUUAUGGAAUUAUUACAUCCGAAAGCUGACGUUCAGUCGGAAUCUACUGCUUCGUCAGUUGCCAGUGGAAGUUCGGAUGUUAUAAACACCAUGGAUAAGAAUGCGGAGAUAGCAAAUGAAAUAAGUAAAGAGGUUGACAAAUUAUUUAUACCUGUACUGGAAAGAACAAAUAGCGGUAGCGAUCUGAAAGUAAUUGCACCGCUGAGGAAUAAAAGACGUCAGUAUAAAUCGCAAGAAGUUCUUCCUAAUGAUGAAAGGCAACCAACUAAUCGCAGCUUAAGUUUCACAAGCGCACUUCCAAGUCAAAGUGAAGAUCAUAUUAAUACCAAAAGCUCAAAUCCGUUUAGACCUGCAUCGAUACCAAUCCUUUAUGAUAGGCAAAGGGCGGAAAUAGUAGCAUCUGUUACAGAGAGACUUUAUUCCAAGCUUAAAAAGAAAGAAGAAGCUGCAGUUGCAAAAAUGGAAUCAGUAGUGGAUAAAAAAAUUAUGGAACCUUUAAGUGAAUUGAGAAUUUGCACGAAUGCUCGGCAGCGUCUUAUGGAAUUAAGUCACAGAGUGGCAAGAAAUAGACGACGAAUUGGAAUACCUGCUCAUACACAGACAAGGAAGUUUGUUACUCGUGUAAAAGAUCAAGCAAUAGAUAUACAGGCAGAUUUGGAGGCAUACGUAUAUCGCAACAGACAUUUUUAUGCCUUGCAACGGGAUGCUGCAACAGAAACAGUAUCAAUCACACCACGCUGUAAGGAAAAAGCCGUUGGAUCAAACUAUGGUUGUUUAGAUUUAAGUGAUAAAUCUACAAUAACGGAUACAAAACAGGCAAAACUUAAAGAUUCAUUUAUAAUGACAGAUUUACUAUUAACACGUGAUUGUUCUACCCAAACUCUUAUUGUUCCACCACCUAGAAGAAAAAAACGUAUGUCGAGUCUAUCAAAAUACUUAAAAAAUAUAGAAAAGAAAAAUUACUUUGCGGAAGACGCACUGAUUCCAGUUAUAAAUAUUAAUAUUUCUCAGCCAUGCGCUACUGAUCGUGACUCUCAUAGUUCGGACGAAAAUACAGAACGGCCUUCUUCAAAUAUUAACGAAAGACAAAAAUCAAUGAUGACGCCAGACUUGUUGACUAACCACAGUGGUGUUGAGUCAAGUGAUGUAAUGGUAGAUGAAGUAGCAUCAAAUGAUACCGUUGAUAAAGAUGGAUGUACAGAAAAUAUCAAAAUUCGAUAUGAUAAACCUGACAUGCCUUCAACUUCUAGGCCAAAUGAAGAUUUUCCUGAUUCUGAAGAAUACAGCCUGCCAAGAGUGACCGUAUGUUCAUCUAGAAAAACUGAUCAUGAAGAAAUAAAAGACAUGAUAUUGGGAAGGAAUGAUAAUAACUAUCCUUAUAAUAUAGUGCUUUCUCCACCAAGGGACAGAGAUUUAUAUAAGAGAACGGUAAAAUUUAAAGAUGAAGAAACUUCCAUGUCGGUUGCUUCUCAAACAAGUUGGGACUGGGAAAGGAAGAGCGCCGCAACAUGUAAAUGUAGUUUAAGUCUUGACAGUAUUACUGAUUCUGAAAAGGACUUUAAAAAUCCUGAAACAGAAUCAACUGAUGAUUCAUCGGGAUCUAGUAAAAUGGAAACAACUUCGUUUAUAUGGAAAAAUAUAAAAGGGGAAAAUAAAAAUCAAUGUCAUACAUCACGACCAUAUAUACCAGUUUAUAAAUAUAAUUCCAAAUAUAAAGCAGCAAAGACAAAAUUUUACAAAGAAUUCUUGGGUUUAGAGACAAACGAGGAUGAUAUAUUACAUUCUGCCAACAAAACAAGUUCCAGUGAUAGUGUAGAAUCGGAUGUUUAUCGUUACAAAUUUCGACAAAGAAGGAAAUAUUUCGAAGACACAUUCAAGUUUGAUAAGCCUAUAAACGAUUUUGAAAAAUUAGAACGGGAUAUAUUAGACACCUGCGAUGAUUUGGAAAUUUCUGUAAAUCAAUAUGAUAAUUACUUAUCAAAUCUACAAAAGAACUGCAGGAGAUCUCGAGAAGAAAUACAGACACGAACACCUACGGAAUAUUUACAACAUUUGAUGCAAUUACGCAGAGAAGUUGUGAAGGCAGAUAACGAUUCUGACACUUUUCGACAGUAG